AUGUCGGAUAUUAAAAUUACUCCAAGAUAACAUGGAAGAUCGAAAACAAAAACAAGUAUAUAUUUUGUAUUGAAAUUUUAGUUGAUAAUAUUUAAGUUUAAUAAAAAAAGGCAGGAAUAACAAAUGAUCGAUUAGUCGUUAAUAAAUUAGGACUUAAAUUCGAUCCAGUUUGUUGGAAAAAAACACAUGAGAAAGGUAGAAUUUAAUAUGUUUGCAUUGUAAAUAUAAGAUAUAUAUUAUAUAAAGGAGAAAGAUUGUAAAGCUGAUAGAAGAUUAGCAUGUGCACAUUGUAUAAUUGAAGAACAUGAUUAACAUGUUUCUAAUAAAAUAACAGUUGAAUAAUAUUGUGAAGCAUUUGAAUACAAUUAUAAGUAAUAUGUGUUAUAAGUAUGAUCAUAAUUUGCUAGUGUAGGUAGCAAAAAUGGAGGAAAAUUAUAAAAAAUGCAAGAUGAUUGAUGUUAUAGAAUAAAUUGAUCAAGAUAUUAAUACCAUAUUUGAAAUAUUAAAAUAUUAACUGAAGACACUAAGAGAUAAAUAUAUAAAAGACAUGUAAACAUAUUCAGAAACCACUAAUGCAACUUUAAUUUAAAAUUUUAAUGAUGAAAGACAGAUCCUUUUAAAGAUGAAAGAGUAUGCAAAUAAAAACCUUUAUGAAAUGACACCAGCUGAAAUGGAUCAUAGUUUAUUGUUAAUAGGAAGUACUCAUAUUGAAUAAAUAAUUAAUAAAUUAACAAAUUUUGAAGAAUAAGGUGCCAAAAUUACUAGUACAAUGAAAGCUUAAUGGAAAUGGAUAUAUGAAGAAUUAGAAGAAAAAUUAAGAGAAGUAGUCUCUUAAGUUGGAUAGUAUAAUUUAAAUGUCUUAUAAUUAAAUGAAACUACUGGAAAAAGAACUCCAAUAGAUUCAGUCAAUAUUUUAUUAUAAGAUCAAAAAUAUUAAGAUAUGACUGCAUAAUAUACAAGUACAACUAAUAAGUCUGAAUCAAUACAUAUAUCAACAUUUUAAAGAACUAAUUAUUCAUAGUAGCCACUUCUAAAACUUUAACCAAUUUAAUUAUUUUAGUAAUUUCAAUCUGUAGAUAAAUAAUCAAAUAAGCCUAAUACUUCUAAAUUUGCAGAUUCAAUAUCAGAAAAUUCAAAAUAACUAGAUAGUCCUAAGGAACAUACAAAAAGUAUUAGAUAGGUAGCUGGAUCAUCAGAUGUAACAUCUCCUUUAAAAAGAGAAUUGAAUUAAAAAUAAACAACAUCAAAAUAAAAUUCUUUGAGAAAUCUUAUGCUAAAAAAUCACAAUUAAUAAUUGAAAGAUACAAAUAAUUAGAUUAUAAUAAAUAAUAAUUGUAAUUAAAAAUAAUAGACUUAAAUUCGAUAAAUCAGUCCAAAUGGAAUGAAUUAUUAUUAUUAAAGUGAUGGUAAAAAAUUAGAUGGUAAAAGAGGAAAUCAUUUAUAAUCACAAAGUUCUUCAUCUCUUAAUUAAUAAUCAUUAGAUAAAAGAUUAUCUGCAUAGAAAUUCUAAAGUUAUCACUUUACAUGUAAUAAUAAUAAUAUGAAGUGUAUACAUAAUGAUAUAAUAAGAGCUUAUCCAAUAUUUGCUUGUUGUAAUUAAGUAAUUAUAUUAUUUAAUAUAUAGGCAUACCCUUGUUAUGAAUGUCAUGAUUAAGUUUCCAAUCAUAAAGCACAUAUCACAAUUCCAUCAUAAAGAUAUUGUUCAAUGUGUAAAGAAAUAUUUACAGUAAAUCUAUUGUCAACAGUGGAUGUAAAAUGUUAUCAUAAAGGAUUAAUAGAUUAAGAAUAAUCAUAAAAUAAUCCUCAUUCAUGA